AUGCUCUCCACAAUCCUUGGUAUUCUCCAGACCUGCGGUGGUAUAGGCUUCUCACUAGGGCCAUUUUUGGGAGGCAUACUGUAUGAUCUGGGAGGAUUUCGGCUCCCAUUCUUUUCUCUAGGAAUGGCUAUGUUCUUGAUGGCAUUACUCAGCAGAUGGCUUAUUCCGAAGGAUCUGGCCGUGAGCCAAGAGGAAGCGAAAGGAUCGAGUGGGUACAGAGGGUUAUUGUGUAUUCCUACAGUUUGGAUAAUGUUGUUUGCAUUGUUCAACUCGGCCAUUACCACGUCAUUCAUCAAUCCUGCAAUGGCUGGACAUUUGGAGUCUUUCCAUCUUAGUUCAACGGUUCUCGGAUUGGUCUUCUUACUGAAUGGAGCCUUUUAUAGUAUGACCGCACCUCUUAAUGGUUUACUCGUGGAUCGGUACAAUUUGCAUCUCGGUGGAAUGAUGGUUGCUCCAAUCGCUAUAAUUAUAUCGCAAGCUUUGAACGCUCCAUCACCAUUUCUACCUCUAACUAAAAGUUUUCCGCUCGUCAUCGUAGCCCAAGUGAUUUUCGGUGCUGGUCUAUCGACGCUACAAAUACCUGUUUAUCGGAAUACGCUCGAUGCUGCAGAGUAA